AUGAUCAACAAUUCGUUGGAUGCUUUUCUGAAUCGAUCGGUUGCGUUCACCAUAGAAAGCACGUACCUCAAUUGGCAAACGAAAUUACCAUCGCUCAGCGUUUGCAUGCGUACCGUUCCAAAAUCCCUGAUCACCGCUAACUCUUUACACAGUAAAAGAUUUGGUUCCAAAAUAAAUCCCUACGCAUGGCGCUGGCUAUUUUUUGGUAUCACCAAAAAAUCCAGUAAACAGGUUACAGACGAAUUUGCAAAGUUGACUUCUGACGAUAUUGUCAGUCUUUUCACGGAGUCAGUCGUCAACUGCACUGAACUAUUGACCGAAUGCUAUUGGAAAUCAAUAAAGUUUGAUUGCUGUGAGGAAUUUCAUCCGCUACAAACGGUUGGUGGGACAUGCUAUGCGAUCAAUUCAGCGCAAACGAAAUCAGGUGAUACUUUGAAGAAUAAGUUUACAAUGAACCGAAAAACUGGACUUGGCUACUUGCAUGUAGGCCUAACGACAAUUGCCUUAUCUGAACAAUCAGUAAAUAUUCAGGUUUUUGUUCAUGACAAUUUGGAAAUACCGACGGCUCUAACUCACGGAGAUAGAGAAAUCUAUACAAAGUUUGGUAAGGUUGUCAGCAUUUACUACAACUUGCAAGAAACGAUCAACGACGAUGGUUUGAGAAGCAUACCUAUGAAGAGACGCAGAUGCCGCCUAUCCGAUGAAACAGAUAAUGUCCUGUACUAUAAGCGGUACAGUAGUGACGGUUGUGUUAUAGAACUACAAAUGGAAAAUAUGUUGACGCGGUGUGGCUGCGUUAGUCACCUCUUUCCUCAUACACCUCGAAUGCCGGUUUGCAACUACACAGGUCUCCAAUGCAUUCAUAAUCAAAAUGCAUUUGCUAUAAAUGAAGAAGUCUCGAAGCAUCGAUGUAUACCUGACUGCGAGAGUGCAGUAAUCAAAAUAUUUCAAAAUCCACACGCAAUUGCUGAAUUUUCGCGGUUCAAAAUAUCACAGGGCAUACAUUUUGAACUCCUUGAGCUACCAAGUUAUCGGUUCAGGCGAUAUGUGGUUCGGAGCUUGUUAGACUUAGCAGUGGCGGUCGGCAGUACAGUGAGCCUUUUUAUGGGUGCUGGUAUACUGAGCAUAGUAGAAAUACCGUAUUGGCUUUUGUUACGCCAUGCACAAUAAAUCAAAUCUAGAUUUGGUAUAAUUUACAG